AUGAGCACGAAGCAGUCUUCUUUGGUUGCUCGUGCAUACUUUGGGCGGAAUCACCGUCCCAAAGUUUUCAACUGGAAAACUUUUCGCGGAAUUUGGGUAAAGGAGCGGCGAAAGAAAAGGAUUACGCUCGAGUACAGCUCUCUGCCGAGCGCGCAGCCCUUGAAUAGCGGUACCUGGUUUUCUGGACACGGGGCGACUGCGGCUUUGUUGACCUCGUUAUCGCUAGGUAUGCUUUUUUUCUCUCUGCGCACAAUUUUGCGCGGGUAG